GGAAGUUAGUUCCUCCGAAUGAUACAGUUUCUCAGCUAGUUUCGUCAUUGUUUGAAAGAAUGCCCGUAGUCGUUAUUAAUAUUUUACAUUGGUAAACUAGAACACGUAAUACACAGCGUGUUUUUGAUGUUGUAAAAGUGUUUUUGUACAAGCGUGUAUGACUUAUUCGCGGACGGAUCCAUACGAAGCCGCUUGCUCUAGCGUGGAGCGAGAUUUGAAUGUUUGAAUCGCUCCUUGCUCCCUUUUUAUCGUUUGUAUUUUAUACAAACAUGUAUUGUGAUGUUAGUGGGAUUUUUAUGACCCAAUAGUCAAUACAUGUGUUUUUAUUUGUUUAUAUUCAAACAGGAGACACUCUUAUUUUUUGCCAGAUGGCUACCGUGGAGAUGAACACUUCUAGCCCUGAAGGAGAUCAGAAGGAGAACCUGUUGCCCCCCUCAGAAGAGGACUCCCUUCCAGUUUUAAUUGACACCACAGCCCCCAUGAAUUUCUCCGACCUCACACCAUGUCAGUUUGGCAUCUCUGUCCAGAGUUUUACUCCAGCAUCAUUAUCUAACCGCAAAGAUAAGUCUCGUCUAGCGCAAAUGAAAGUAAGGCGAAGAUCCAACAUUGGUGUCCGAGGCUCCCCAGAGACAAACUCCCUCAUCCGCUUCAUUGCACAACAGAGGAUGAAGACACCACCAAUCUCCCAAACUCCAGAGCUUGUCAGAAGUAGCCCGUUACUUCCCCGGGUCGCCUCCACGCUGAGGCAGAAGAUGGCCUCCUUCCAGAGCCUGAUGGAUGUAGAGGAGAGUGAGGUCUGUGAUCCGAUGCCAAGGCAGGACAGCAACACUGGAGGAUGCAUCAAGACAAGAGAUUAUCUGUCUGAUGGGAACAGCCAUUAUGGAGGGAAGGAGAACCACCCACCGAUGAUGACACCCAUACCCAGCAAGAGGAGGCGCCUGGGCCCAGGAGGCUGUGAGGUGGCCAGCGCUCCGAUCCACCCCUUCAGUUUGAAGGAGCACGAGGAGGAAGAAGAACAAGAGACGCUGCCAUCCAGCGACGCUGUGCAAGAGGCCCAAACUGUGCUUUUAUCCCCAAACCUUCACAUUGACUUUGAGCUCCGAGCCUGCUCCCGUGCUAAGAACCAACAGGACGGUGUCUUUGAACUCCAAAGCCUCGGUCAACCACCAGCUGAUGAUCCUGCAGCCGCUUCACCGGCCUGGCCUGCCUCCCCCUUCUGCAUCCGCUCUCUCCCUUCUCUGUUAGAGAUGAAGCCCACAGGAGAGGAUGACUCAACCGGGACGUCCGCGGCGAACAAGAAGAAAAAGAGCGUGCGCUUUGGAUGUCCCCUCUCUCCGGAGUUCUUUGAUAAGAACCUGCCCCCCAGCACUCCGUUACAGAAGGGGGGCACGCCGGCCCGGGCACCCACACCAGGCGUAAGCUUACAGCCGUGCUCAGUGCUGAAGACGCCACAGAGGGUCGCAUCCCAAACAUCACAAGCUCAGCCGGACCUCAGCAGCCCCACUGAUGGUGCCUCGCCUCCACUAGCGAUGUCUCGCAACCGCAGAAUGUCGUCUGUGGGAGAGGACCGUGAAGAGGAGGAUGGAGAGAUUGUUUUCCCUUCAGUGGAGGAGAUCGACUCUGCGGCGACGAGAGAUCCAGACUGUACGUGGUACGCACAGCGGUUGAAUUUAAACGCUGCUUUCCUUGAGGAGUCUCUUGCUCAGGUUCUGACAGAGUCUGAACCCAGCGCCCCCUCCCUGCUGGAGCAGCCUCCGUCAGAGGAGGAGAAGCAACAUGAAGCCGCCGUGGAAGCUCCAGCGCUCAGACCUAGAAACAGGACAAAGCAGUCGGUACCGGAGCAGUCGUGUAGCGGCGAGGCUCCAGCUCGCUGCAGCGGUCGAAAGAGAAAGCAGCCCGAGGAGAGCCAACCUGUGAAGAGGUCCACGCGCUCUGCUGCCAAGUCGGCCUCCGGGAAGAUGAAGAUGAAGAGGACCGCAGCACGCCGGUGGAGCAGGGGCGUGGACCGCUCCCUGUACGGCUCUCGGGCCUACGCCUCCAAGAACCCCAACCUGAGUCCCAUCACUGAGAAGUUGUGCCUCAGCGGCGGGUCUGCAGCAGCACAGCACACGCCCUCUACGAGCUGCACAGCCACAAAUCAUGAAACCCACGAGAACCCUGAGCUGCUGAACGACGAUCAAGCGAUCGUUGACUUCGCUGUGACCAAUGCUUUGGAAAGCCCUUCAGAGGAUUCGGUCACGUCUCAAAACUCUACAGAAAGAACCGCUGGGAGGGGCAGGGGGCUGGCAGAGCAGAGGGUCAGAGGGGGAGCACAGAAAACUAUGAAGGUCAGUGUUGCUGAAGAGUUCCUGCUCAUUGAGGAGACUCUGGACGAGACGGGAGGGACGCGCCGUGAAGACCAAACCUCUACAGACUUUAAGGCAUCAAGGGAACCUGCCCACCCCAUCCCUGAAGAAGUGGACACUGAGGGUAACGCCCAGACUUCUGCAGAUACACACUGCACAGACUCAGAUGAAAAAUUAGAAAGUCAUGGCAGUCUGGAUGCACCCACCUCAGACUGCCUGCCUUCAGAUGACGAGUCCAACAACAUGUUGCCAGUACAGAGAAAAGCCACGCGGGGCGGGAGGAGCGCUGGCAGCAGCGCCGUGCUCCAGGAGCUGGCAGAGGAGCGACAAACGAGCCAUGAAGCGGAGGAGAAGGGACAAGGAGACCAAGCAGCGAGCCAGCAGGAAGACCUCAUCAGGUCAAGCUCCGAUAGCCAGGAAGAGGGGGGAGUAGCCCCUUUGUACCUCGCCCCCUGGCAGGCUGAGUUUAACUUAGAGGAUGUGUUCAAACCUGUCGCCACUAGAGGGCAGCGCUCUGUGCGCCGCAGCCUGAGGAACCAGAGGAACCAGAGCAAUGCGGAGCACGGCAGCCACAGUGUAGGUUUGGCCUGGCUGCCCCGGACGUCUCCUGAGUCCAGUAAAGAGGCCCGCAGGAGGACCCAGGGCCGGCGGCUCAGCUCUGCUACACCUGUCCAACCUUCACUCCCCGAGGAAGCUUCGUGAGACUUUAAAAUCGACUACAUGAGCUGAAGGGGGACGACCGAUACAUUCACACCUUCAUGCAUACCCUGUUUUCUUCACAUUAAAUGAUUAUAAGAAAAGGCUGAUUGUUUUAUAUUAGCUUAAACAUUGAUGUUUACUCCCCUGUGAAUUAUUAGAGCCGACCAGUAAUUUGUAGCCAGUUCCCCCCCCCCCCCCCCCCCCCGCUAACCAAGCCAGUCAAUACACUGCAAGCCCAAUCAUCUCUGCUGACCACCUCUCAAUCAAUACAAACCACUCAGCCGGUAAUCACAGAGCAUCUUCAGACUCACUCUCCAAAGUCAUUGGAUCGAGCAUCUCUCCAGUCAAUAUCUACUCGCUGUGGAUAGAUGAAGAUGAAGACUGUUCUCCAUCUGUGAGGCCGGCUGAGCAGGAGGGGGGGGUAGUAAUAACACAAUAGUAAUGGAGGGAGAAAAUGUGCCUCACAAAGAGAAAUCUAAUUAAUAAGCUCGAACAAUUCUGUUUAUUUGUGGUUGCUGGAGUGUUUUAGUUUCUUCCCCAGUGAAGCUGUUGACAUACAGGAACAUGUCCAGAAUUCACUUUUAGUUCUUGUAAUGGAUGGUUUUAAUCUACUGCCAAUAAUUAAGAGUAAUAGCCAGUUGGAUUUAAAUUGUCUUAAACAUUGCACUAAAUCAGAAAUCCGUUUUUUGUUCUGCAGGAAUGUCACAAAUGUACCUCGCUGGUGAUGCUGAUGAAACGCUUCGGUUGCAAGUGAAGACACCUCAUUAGCUCAAAUUGUGUUUUCAUUUAAACGGAUGAUUUAGAGUCAUUUGAAAAGGAAGUCAUCCAGAUAAUAAAACGGCCACUAUCUCCACAAAUGUGAUGAUCCAGCUGCGUGGGCAGUUCAGUUUCAAGUUCAGCCGUUUCCCUUUCACAUAAACCUGAGGACCUUUUCGCCAUAACCGAACGCAUCACUACAUAAAUUACCAUUGUGAUCACAGCCAAAUGUCUGCAAAUAAAUUGACCUCCAACCUCAGCUUCUAGCAGUCACAGAUUGAAAUCAUCUCCUCUUUACUGGCUCCAUCCAUCUGUCGGAGAGAGCGGUAACAAAUUGAGUUUCAAAUUCAGUUCACAUAGGAAAAUUGGCUCCCGGAAUGAUGCAUGGCUGUAAUCUAUCCAUCACGGGAUAAUUGACUCGCUCCUUUUACAUCAAGUCAGAGUCACUUGGCUGAAGGACACCAGAGGUUUCUGGCUCCCAGUGUGUGCCAAGGUCUCUUCAGUAUUCCCACUGGAAGACUGAUGGACAGUCAGUCACGUUAUGGUUCUGGGGGGAGGCCGUGGGGCUGCUGUGCCAUCUGGUGGUCGACCUGAGGAGUUGCAGUCGCCAGGUAUUCAUCUGUCUGAUGGGAGCUGAUGUUACUGAUGAGAGGAAGUCAUUUAGCAGAUUCAUUUGUAUCAAAGAGGCUUUUGUUGGGUGUUACUGCUGAAUAAAAAUCAAAGCAUCGUGUACAUGUGAGGACUGUGAUUCAACCUGCAGAUUUAAAGUGCUGCAGGAACUCGUUAGUCGACAGAAUGGUGUGAGUGUUCGUGGACUGAUCAUUUAUUUAUUCCCGGACAGCCCGACGGUGAUGAAAUGACAAUGCAACCUCACAAAAACAUGACUAUUUCAAAACUUGUAACUAGGAGCGUCUUUGUGAGCUGCCAGCCAAACUGCUGUGUGUGUGUGUGUGUGUGGGGGGGGGGGGGGUUCUGUGUCCUGUGUCUGAGAGCAAGCGCGGGAGAGAGUGUGUGAGGAGGGUGUGUAGCCGAAGCCCCUGUCACUGGCAGACGGGCAUAGUGAAGACGGCUUAACACAAGAACAAUGGGGUCCUUUGACCAAAACGACGCCCCCAAGACAUGUGGCCUCCUGUCACCGUGGCAACCCCCCAUGGGACAGGGAGCAGGCUGACAGCUGGAGAGGAGGACUUGCAAAAAAUGGAGUCCAUUUCUUUGCACUGAAGCUCUCCCUGCUCUGUGUCCUCGCUCAUGAAUGUGCCUCUUACUUUACACGUGAUUGACCUCAUGGGCUGGACUCCUGCAGCCCCCCCAGCUCCUCCACACAGCGGAGACUUCACAUACAUGUUGUGGGCAAUAAGAGAGGCAUUGAUCAAUCACAAACAUGGGGCCGAGCCAUAAGACUUCACUCUAGUUGAGUCGCAGCUGAGUGUUGUCAGUUGUGACAACGAGGAUGUUCAGAGUUGUACGUGUGAUUUACUGAUUAGUUUUCAAGCAUAAUAAUGUGCAUAUCUACACCUGAAGGAGGAGUGCAGGUGACUUCAUUAGAACAAGGUCGUGGAACCAGAGGUGGAGGAAGUCACACCUGUCCAUCAAGUACUGUGACUAGUGUUCUACAGUAAGAUGAUUUCUAUAAUUAAAGCACAAAUACAACACCGUGAAAUGAUUCAAUUAUAAAUGAGGUCAAAUUGUGAGAUGCAUUCAUAACUCAACCGUGUGUAACACGAACGUCUGGAUUAUAAGUAGUAGAAGUAGAAGUAAAGGUGUAUCAUCAAGAAUGAAAAUGUAUCUUCAAUUUAUUAUUAAUGAUUAGUUUAAUAUAUUAUUAAUGUA